AUGAGGACUCGGCUAGCUGGAACCUCAGAAGACGGCCAUCUAUGUCCUGUCGAGGCUCCUGUUCCCAAUGUCGACUUCCUUCUACACCAACAACUCCAACAGGAGCAAGACGUGUACGCAAACUCGACAACAAACGCGACGACAUCCCCACCGAUAGCGCCCAUAACAGCCCUUCCGCGACCCUCGCGACCCUCGCAGUCCUCGGCCGCCGAACGAACCAGUCCCGAGUCGCCCUCUGUGCGCCAGUCCCCUACCAAGCGCGAUCGUAACCCCGGCCCUUCUAGCCCCGGCGCCGGCCCAUCGAAUCUCGAGCACCAGCCUCCUUCUCAACAAUCGCAAAACCAACAACCGCAGUCUUUCUACGCACGAAGUAGGCGGUCCGGCAACUUCAAUUGGAAACUGUCACACUCUCGGAAUGGAUCAAUAGAGAAGCCUCCGCCCUCCUUCUUCUCUUCCUCCUUUUCCCACUCGCCCUCCACUCCACCGCUCUCCCUCGGAGCCCCUGCGAACGGGGCCGUCCAUUCGAAAGAGAUGGAAAAGGAAGAGGAACAAAAAUUUGUUGGCAAGCGACCGAGGAUACGAAGUCCCUGGGCCAUCACAUUCGUGACCCUACUCACCUCGAUUCUGGGCAUUGGCUUUCUGGCCCUCUGCUUGAAUUCAUCCUUCACGCGACACAUCGAUCCCAAGGGUUGUCGCAUGUCGUACAUGCGCCCUGGCUACGCCAAAUUUGACGAUUUCGACACGGAGCAUACUCGUUUCGCAAGCAAGUACUCGCUAUACCUUUAUCGCGAACUGGGCAUCGAGAAUGAUGCAAAGGUCAAGGGUGUUCCCGUUCUCUUCAUACCCGGAAACGCCGGUAGCUACAAGCAAGUUCGACCCAUCGCCGCCGAAGCCGCUAAUUACUUUCACGAUGUGUUACAACAAGACGAAUCCGCUGUCAAGGCUGGCGCUCGAAGUCUCGACUUCUUUACGGUCGAUUUCAACGAGGACAUUACUGCCUUCCAUGGCCAGACCCUGCUCGACCAAGCCGAAUACCUGAACGAAGCGAUACGAUACAUCCUUUCGCUUUACCUCGAUCGGACCCGCUCAGACCGAGACCCCAAUCUGCCAGAUCCGACAUCAGUUAUAGUCCUGGGUCACUCGAUGGGAGGUGUUGUUGCCAGGACCAUGCUCAUCAUGCCCAAUUACCAGGCCAAUUCCAUCAACACCAUCAUUACCAUGUCCGCCCCGCAUGCUCGGCCCCCGGUUUCUUUCGACAGUGAGAUCGUCAAGACCUACAAGGAUAUCAACGACUACUGGAGGCACGCAUACUCCCAGCAAUGGGCCAACAACAACCCUCUGUGGCAUGUCACCCUGGUUUCCAUUGCGGGUGGUGGCUUGGAUACCGUUGUGCCAUCAGACUACGCCGGUGUCGAAUCUCUUGUCCCCGACACGCAUGGCUUUACCGUGUUCACUACGAGCAUCCCGAAUUUUCGCAAGGCUUUGGUGAAGGCAAUCUUCGAUGUCGUGGACGUCAACAGAGCUGCCCAGACGAAGCCAAGGGCCGAUAGGAUGAGGGUGUUCAAGAAGUGGUUUCUUACAGGGAUGGAAGAGGUGGCGGAGAAGACCGUGCCGUCCAAGGAUCCUUCGACGCUGCUUACUCUCGAGGACAACCUGAAUUCGGUGAUUAGGCAAGGGGAGCGCUUGGUGUUGAGGAGUCUGGGCGCGAGCGGCGCAGUGCGCGCUCAUCUCCUGCCCAUCCCUCCGUCAGGAUCGCCUGAACCAAAGCGCUUCACCCUUUUGACGGACCAGAAGCUGGAUAUUUCUAGCGAAAACGGGAGGCUGGAGGUGUUGUUUUGCAGUGUCUUCCCGAUGCAGCCUGGUCAGGCUGUAGCAGGCUUUGCAGCUCAGAUCAAUCUUGCUGGAGAAAGUAGCGCCUCCACACGGUUGGCGUGUAACAAUGCGGCCUCGGAUGUUGUCACUCUCCCAGCAUCCGUUCGGUCAUCGCAGUACCCCUUCUCUAAAGAUGGGGAGCCCCCGAGGACGCCUUUCUCAUAUCUUCAAUAUGACGUUGAGGAUAUCGCCGAGCAUCAGUACGUUGCUGUAAUCGAGAAGGCCAACACUCCGACCCCGGGUUUUGUGAUCGCCGAGUUUAGCGAUGUUUCUCAGUCACAUCGUACAAGGCACAUCAGCCUUCGUCGGCUCCUCGCUUUCGGCAUGAAAUUCCGCCUCCCCUCCUCGCGACCCAUGGUCUCCGAACUGAAGGUUCCCACUAUGCAAUCAAGUCUGUUGGCAUACAACUUGGAAAUCAGCGAGCAAAACUGUGGUGAACAACAGGAGCUCUUCGCCCCGUUGGUUCGACAGUAUCUGACGGAGCCGUACGAGUCCAAAUUUUUCGUCAACGCAAGGAAAGCCGCAGUGAGCAUUCAUGGUGUUGCGCCGUACGUGCCUCCGCCACUGAAGAGCAGAUCGACGGAGGAUGGUCUAAGUUUCCAGUUUUGGACCGAUCCAACCUGCGCCUCCAACAUCAAUAUCAAGAUGAGCAUUGAUGUUAGGGGCAGUCUGGGCAAACUGUACAUGCGAUACCGGACGGUAUUUGCUGCGUUCCCCUUGCUGGUGGUUACGCUUGUCCUGCGCAAGCAGUUCCGCAUCUAUGACACUACUGGCGUAUUUGUCUCUUUCUCUGAAAGUUUGGAUCUGUGCUUGAGGCAGUCGAUCCCCUUGGUUCUUGCCUUUCUCACGUUUCUGUCCCUGUUUAUCUGGAACUCGUCAUCAUCGGCAACCGCAAACAUCUGGAUUUGGGCUAAUGUCACAUCUGGCGCGAUUGACUUCCAUCAGAACGAUCUCCUCAUCGGAACACAAGAUCCUUUCUUCUGGUUCUUGAUUCCGGUGAUUGGACUCAUCUGUGUUGGAAUCUGCACCGUGUUCAACUACAUGACUCUCACCCUUGUACACAUUCUGAGCAUAGCUGUUAGCCUCUUGAGCUUUCGGCCCGGGUGGAUUCGCAACGAGGAAAGACGCAAAGCCUUGCCGCUCCCUGCGUUCUAUCCCACUUCACCAAGGCGGCGAAUGGUCACCACCGCCAUCUUGCUAGUCCUCGUUUCGACUCUGAUCCCUUAUCAGUUUGCGUACUUGGUGUGUUGCUUGGUCCAGCUGACCACCACAGUCCGGGCACAGAGAAUUGCCUCUGACCUGAAAUCAGCCGCCAACUCCAACUUCUACAACUACGUCCACUCCAUUCUCCUGCUUAUGCUCUGGAUCCUUCCCAUCAACCUCCCCAUCUUGGUGGUCUGGAUCCACAACUUGGCGGUCCACUGGCUCACCCCCUUCUCAUCCCACCAUAAUGUCCUUUCCAUCAUGCCCUUCAUCAUUCUCGUGGAGACUCUGACCACGGGCAAGAUGGUCCCCAGGGUUAAUAGCCGAUUCAAGCACUUCACCAGUGUUCUGCUGUUCGGGAUCGCCCUCUACGCCGCCAUCUACGGCGUCUCUUUUGCAUACAUGUUGCACUACCUGGUCAACUUGGUAGCCGCGUGGUUAGCCAUCGUUCACUCGACAUCGGACCCUUGGUCGGUUCUUUCCGGGAUAAAACACAUCAGCUGCACCCUGUUUGAUGCGGGAAAUACCAGCAAUGUCGGCGGCGUUAAUGGGACGACCAACACAGUGCUGGCCGAGGAUCGUAAAAUGAGGAAGGAACCAUGA